UUCUUGUCAGCUGGACAGCCAUAUUACGUCCUGUCGCUUAAGAUCUUACACAAUCAAAUAUAUCUGGCAUAUGUGAAAAGAAAAAAUCGGACAGCCUUACUGUUAAAUAAGUGUCUUGAUAAUUAUAUGUGUAGAUAUAUACCAUUCCCUUCUCGCUUUCUAUGUCGUAGUAGUAUUUGUAAGAUGUAAGCGGUGCUAAUACCGGAAGUAGAAUUCUGUUCGCGUGCCGGUUAUGAAACGUCGUUAGUGCUUGCCAUGUAAAUAUUCUGCUCUCGUUUUCAUCACCAGUUAUUUUGAAAAUAACAUAUAUAGGAUGACGAUAGUGUACUGAUUUAAAGCUAUCUUUCCAAUUUGUAUUUUGUUUUCGUGGACACGGUGAACCAUCCGUCCCAGAUCAAGAUGCGUGCUGUACUCGCUGUGUGUAUGGUGUUUGUCGGCUGUUGUAGUAACGUCGUGUUUCUGGAAUUGAUUGUCAGUGAAAUCCCUAGCGCUGCCAACAUCAUUACAUUCUUCCAGUUUUUCUUCAUCAGUGUAGAGGGCUUUAUAUUCACUGCCAAGUUAGGAACGAAAGCCUCCGUGAUUCCACUCAGGUACUAUGUGCUAAUGGUGGCUAUGUUUUUCGUUGUGCAAGUCGUAAACAUGCAAGCCUUCAACUUCAAUAUUUCUAUGCCUCUACACAUGAUAUUCCGGUCGGGAUCCCUUGUUGCCAACUUGAUUCUUGGAAUAAUUAUACUGAAGAAAAGUGAAACACUGAUUGGGUUCAUUGGUCAUAUGGACAGAGUGUCCCACCUCAGACCAGAAGGUCUGUGGUUCGAAUCCCACCACGGAAGUCGUAGCUGUGAGUGGCAAGACAACCCAGGUCAUACAGGUGAUGCUGCGUAUGACUACCUCAUGUGGCUUGUGGGUUUGGGUUUGCUGUCCUUUGCACUGUUUAUGUCGGCAUGGAUGGGAAUAUUCCAGGAACAGACAUACUCCAAGUUUGGAAAACACCCCUCAGAGGCCCUAUUCUAUAACCAUGCCCUUCCACUGCCGGUCUUCUUGUUGCUGGCAUCCGACAUCUACAGCCAUGCCGGCAUCUUCAACCAAUCAGCUCCAAUGCUAGUGCCAGUGAUAGGCAUCACUCUCCCCAAGAUGUGGGUCUACUUGAUCUUCAACACUCUCACACAAUAUGUGUGUAUCCGAUCUGUGUUCGUGCUGACGACAGAGUGUGCGUCGUUGACGGUAACACUGGUCGUGACGUUGAGGAAGUUUGUCAGUCUGAUAUUCUCUAUCAUGUACUUCAAGAACCCCUUCACUGUCCAACACUGGAUCGGGACGUCUUGUGUCUUUGUCGGAACUCUCUUGUUCACGGAGGUGAUCUCAUUAGGCAGGCAGAAGAAAACAGAGAAGAAGCGACAAUAAUGACACAGGACUUUAGUCAAUUUUUAAAUGUUUUUAUUUAGAGUGAAUCUUCACCCGUCUUCAAUAUGCAAAGCAGCAGCAGCAGCACAGGAAAAUGAGACUGCUUUGAGGUUUUGUUGGAAUUUGAUUUCCGUUGUUGCUGAUUUUUCUAGUGGCCGCAAUAUUGACAGAGAAUAUUCUUUCACAAGGUUCUUAUAAAUGAUAAUCAAGAAUUCUCAAUAACAAAAUUUCGGGUUUCAUUAUCCAGGGUCAUGUAUUAUUGCAUAAAUGUGUAUAUGUCUUCUCUGGGAUGAGGACCUGCUAGGUAUUGAUUCUGAAAAAUGUCAAGGUCAGCACUGGCAAUAUGUGUAAUUUCUCUAUUUAACACAGUUAAACGUGCUGAAACAUAAGAAUGCACAUGUGAACAGUAUUUAUUAUAGUUUCACUUGCAAAAUAAUACUACUAAUAAUAAGUUGUAAUGCUCAGUAAAUUGCUCAGUAGGUUAUAUUUAACUAGAACUAGAAGUGUCUGUUUGUAGUGAGUGCACUGUGGAAGAAUCCCAGCCAGUAUACCUGCAUGGUCUGUCGAUAUAGUCCCUGUGUCAGUAGCCUGGUGCUCUUUUGACUUCAGAAUGUGCGUUUAUUUACUAAUUCAGAAAACUGGCCUCAAAUCAAAUCUUGCCCAUUUGUAUUUCGUCUCCUGAAUCUUACAUUAUUGUCAUCACCACAACCAAAAUCAGUUCCUUUCAUAUUUCCAUAUCUCCAGUUGUGCGUCAAUGGUGACACACAAUUUCACUUAGAUUAGGAUGUGACUUCAGGUCUACACUGACAGACAUUCAACAGGCAGCUGUAUCAGGGAAUCGAAUAGUUCCUCAAAAUUAGAUGUGAUAUCAGUGGAUUAUGCAGAAACUUAGUUGCUUUCAAGUCCAUAGGAGCGAACUUCUCUGCCUGGCUAGUAAUAAGAAAUGGUUAAGAUGAAGUUGGUUAUAAAUGACAAUCAUAUCCAGAUAAAAUAAGCUGGAUUAUCAGGGAUGUGUCCGUUACUUGUGUUCAUUUGGGAGGGGUGGGGGGUAGCCUAGUGGUUAAAGCGUUCACUCGUCAUGCCGAAGACUCGGGUUCGAUUCCCCACAUGGGCACAGUGUGUGAACUAGCAUAGCAUUACACCCAGGGUGGUACCUGUGAAGAUCCGGGUUAGAAUAUUGAUCUUCAGUGAACCCAUGCUUGUCGUAAGAGGUGACUAAAGGGAUCGGGUUGUCAGGCUCGCUGACU